GUUGUCUUCGUCUUACCAGUGGCAUUGUUAGUCCCCGAUUUUCUGCGACAGAUUGCCGUGUCUUUGUCACAGUUUGUGUCUCAUUACUUACUCUUUUACCUCAUUUCAAGCAAAUCAGGUUCCCUACAGAUAAUGUAAUGAGAACGACCCUGCAGUGCUAGUGGUGUUCAGUUUGGAAAAUGAAAUGACGUUGUUCAAGCCAGAAUCAGAGGUGUUCGAGAUAACUGACUUUACGAAUGCUACAGAUUGGGAAAGCUUCACAACUAAGCUAGAGAAUGUAUUAUAUUUCCUUGGUGUUGGGAGCAAACGCCUGGAUGAGAGCAGAGUAGAUGCCUCCCCAGAAUCAGCUGUUUCGUUCCACACAAUCGUGCUGAGAGAACGCACUUUUUGUGUUUCCCUCAUUGUUGCCAGUGGUAACACUGUUCGAAGUAAGCCCUUCACCGACGUUCAGCAUGCUUUGAGUGAUUACAACGAUGACUACCCUGAGCGAUCACACUGCUUGACGUAUUGGUUUGGGUUGCAAAAGUUUAUCAUUCUUUCGCCGUCUGGUGACAAGUCAUUCAGCGUGUCUGAUACAUCAUUGGCCAACCAGCUGCUCAGCAGUCUGACCAUUGCUGCAGGGCAGGCGCAAUGCCAUAUACCACUGUUUGUACAAGUCCAUCAGAUAAGUCGAAAUAUGUACGACGGUGUGUGGCUGUCAGGGGAUGGCAUCCGCACGAACUUCUCUGUGCUGACACUUCCGAAUGUGCCGAACCAGUACAACUAUUUGUCCGGCCUGGGUGAGCUCUUCCAUGGUGAGAUGGGUGUAUAUAAGAAUGUACAGUCGCCAUUUGCGUCUCUUCGUUUCACAUACCUGUUGCGUGAGUGGCCUGAGAAUGUGCUGCACCGAGAAGUGGCAAAUCUGUGCAGCCUGCCCGUAGGUGGUGGUGGUGAUUGCCUUUCUUCCCUGCAGCUGUCAGUACGCUGGAGAAAAAUCCGGGUUGAUGAAGCAUUUGACACUGCACACCACCGAUCUCUUCAUCCCAGCUCUGCAGGAUGGUGGACGUUGCGUGCCAUUCGGUAUGACACCCCAACUGCAAACUCCAAUUCUUCUUCAUCUGCCGCAAGAACGUCUCAAAAUGAGCUAGCUCAGUUGAUGGCUGCCCUUUUGCAUCUUUGCCAGCGGGAGGAGCGACUUAAUCAUCUCCUAGGUCGACAUGCAUUUCAGGAGGAUGAGCCAUCGGCAGAGCUUCAGCAGAAUGUUCGUUCCGCAUUGCACAGGAUGACAUCACCAGCAAUGCGUGCUCCCACGUUGUCCUCACUUGUCCAGUCUGCAGUGGUUUCAUCAGCUUUAGAAGACUCUCCGCUGGAGGACGUGGUAAUUGACGAAAUGAUGCAUGCUGUCUUUCCUGAUAUGACUAACAACAGCAGCAGCAAUAACAGCCAAGUGAACGAUGAAAGGCCAGUGGAGGAGGACAGUGAAGUGGAUGUUGCCCCUCCUGAGAAUUCGAUUGAUGCUGCACCGUCGCGUGUUCUAUUCAAAUCCUGCCCUUCUGACAGCUUGCUUGUACGCAUUGCGUGCACUCUGUUGCGUGUUCAUUUUGAAUGUGGUGGCAUCCGGUCACUUGCGUACGUGUGGCGGGAGUUUGUCCUGGAAUUGCGACAUCGCUAUGAGCAUGCCAUUCCUCUGGUGGAUAUUCCGCGGGCAGCGGUGCCAGACAUGCGCUAUAGCUUACUGCAGCAAAAGCUACAGAUGUUGCAAUGUUGCAUUGAACACAAGCGGAAAGUAUCAGAGCAGAAGCAGCAGCCGCAGCAGCAACACCAAAGUGAGGCGUCUGGAGCAUCAGCUAGUGAAGUUGAGGCAACACCAGCAGCUCAAGAACCUGAAGGCUGGGGUGAUGCCGAUCUAGAUAUGGGCUCACAAUCUGAUUCGGACAGUGAUGAGUUCUAUGAAGCUGUUGAGGAGCAAGAAAGUGCUGCUGCAACAAGAACCGCGGCGGUGGAGGCUGCCAAUCAGAGUACUGCUGCAGUGGAUGAAGCCACCGCCGCCGCCGCCGUUUAUAUGGGGACUAGCGCUCCAGAAGGCGUUCUAUCUGUUGGUGAUGAACUUCAUCUGCUUGUGAGUGGCGCUCCACUCAACAUUCCCAUCACACAAGAUGUCACUCCAAUGACAGAGGACAUGCUGGCUGAGCAACAGGCUAUGCUUGCUGGCUUUGGAACAUCAGACGUUGCACGGCAGCUUCGUGCUCGUAUACAGAGUACUCAACUGCUUGCCGACAUGGAAGCUUUCAAGGCAGCCAAUCCUGGGUGCAUACUGGGAGACUUUGUUCGUUGGUAUUCUCCACGUGACUGGGUGGUAGACUCCACACCUAUGACAUCUAAUGAUACUGCUUCUUCAUCUACAGCCAGCGAUCCUGCCGAUGGCGAAUGGGACAUUGUUAGUGAAGGUGAUGUGCUGCAAGCCUCCACUACAGCCGAAGAUGCACAAACAGGGACUGAUGAUGCCGACGACUCUGCAGCAAUAGGUGGCAACAGCACUGAACAAAGUCGUAGUUGCCAUUCUUCGCCAGGCGGUUUUCAAAGCGACGGUGAGCGUGAUGAUGCCGACGCUCACUGCACUGAUAAUGCUGUGGCUAGCGAUAACACUGUCCUCUACACGGCUCCUGGUCACCUGAGUGUACGUAUGUGUGACCCGUCUUCACUCUGGCAUCAGACCUGGACUAGCGCUAGGUCCGUGCCAGCGCAUCGUCAGCGGCGGCUGUUUGAUGACACGCUUGAAGCAGAGAGGGUAUUCCGCUUUCUGGAGGAGAUGACGGUAGGCCAGUUGAUGCUGCAUGUUGCUCCGGUUAUUGUUUGUCACGCUAUAGAUGGUGUUGAUAGCCUAGCUGAGGCCGACUACAGUGCUGUUGGGCACUUGCUUGAUAUGGCUCGUGAUAGUCUCGCCCGUGUCUUCACUGCAUCAGUGGAAUUCUUGCCACAGUUAUCGGAUGCUGUGCUUCAUCUUGCGGAUGCUGAGUCCAAAGCCAUGUGUGCGCACUCGUUGCGGCUGGCACUAGAGUGGGGCUACGCACAGUAUUCUGCAUGUCACGAUGAUACAGCUCUGCCACUCAAUGUGAGUCAACUCAAACUGUGGAUCGAUGAUCUGCUCAGUGGCAUGUCUGUUGUGAUGAUGAUCAGGCCGCGACGGCCGUACCUACCUCCACUGGAGUGUGCUUUGCGUGGAUUGCUCACAUCGCAAGCACAUUCAGAACGUAGAGCUGCAACAUCACUCGGAGCAGCAGCUGAGCCAGAGGAGUCUAUGAAGUAUACUGUAUUCCCAGCUGCCACAGCACGUGAAUUCAUUCUGCGAGACACUCACCCGUUGCCGGGAGUGCGUUCUCGCCCCACUGCACACCGCUUGUUUGCCGCCAUCACACCAAAAGAGUUCCGCUUGGCAAGUGCGUUCUCCACAGACAUGACCUAUCUGUGAGUUCCAUCUUCCAGCUUGAUGUGUUCAUGAGAUGGCAGUGAUCCCAACAACACUGCUGAAAUGUACAUGACAUUGUACAUUAUCAAAAGUAAGCAUAACAAAAAACAUGUAUAUGUGGUGGUGUUUGUUUCCAGGGCGUGCAGGCGUGCUCUGUGUGUCCUUAUUUCCGUUUUUUAUUCGCUUCAAUGUCUCAGUACAGGUUUAUAUUUCCUGGUUUGCUUGAAUUAGUAGCAGGAUAGCAGCAUGCUGCUCUACACAAUGUACAUACUACACACAUGUACUUAUAAUGAUAUGUCUUUUGGUACGUCUGUAAACGCUGUGAUUGCUCAUACAUCAAGUAUCAGUAUAGCAACACCGUACUCGUUACACUUCUCUCUUAUUUUCGUUUAUUGAUAUCAUUAUGAGCGCUCUGUACUGGUACGGUCUGCCUCAAUAGUUUCCCGCGCUGCGCUUGUUUCAAAUCUUUAUUCUCACAAUAGCCAGUGGCCAAUAAGAGAUUGUUGUUGUUGUAGUCGUCAUCGUUGCCCCUGUCCGCUUUGCACAUUUGCGUAAACUGCCCUGCUGAUAUUGUUGUGCAUGUUCUACUUGCAGCAUUUCAACUUUCUUUUUAACCCCGACUUGCCAAAUUGUUUUCACUUGUGUGUUUGGAGCUUGGAAUUCAGCUCUGGUUAUCAAACGUGUUAAACAAAAUUUAAUGGCUCACAGUGGUGUUCGAAUA